CUGGAUGCGAACGUCACUGUCGCGCUUGGAGAGAUCCUCAGGUUUCCACUGCCAAAUGUCUGCAAUGGAAACUCCAGUACAGAAGCGUGAACUUGGAGACCGCACACUUCUGGCUGGGAAACACAAGGCAAAUUGGGUAUAUUGGGUUAUAUCGAAAUGGGUAGACUUUGCAAUGUCCACCUAUUAUCGUGAGACCUUCGUCACGGGCCUCGAGAACCUUCCUACUGACCGAGGCUGUAUUGUUGCGGCUAAUCACUGGAAUAUGGCUGUUGAUAUCGGUGCACUCAUUCAGAGCUGUCCACGAAAGGUUCACUUUUGGACGAAAGCUGAACUGUUUAUGGGACCUCCCGGGGUAAAGCGAUUUAUGCAGGCCAUGGGAUGCCUUCCGGUUAACCGCAACUCCCGGUCCGGGAAAAAAGAGUCUAAUGAAGACUUGUUCGAAGCUACAAUUGAGACACUGCUGAAGGGCGGAGUCAUUGCCAUUUUUCCGGAAGGAACAAGCCAUCAUACUUCGCAUUUGACUGAGCUCAAAGACGGUGCAGCUUGGGCGGCUCUUCAGUUUGCUGCCGCGAUCAACGAAACGACCGCCGUUGCGCCGGUGGUGCCAGUUGGCAUAACGUACGAGCCGAAUAAGCACCACUGGCGGACAUUUGUACACGUGAGGUACGGCCAACCCGUGGAUGUAGCGUCAUUUGUGGCUGAAUUCAAGGAAGAACCCCGUGCGGCUGUCAAGAAACUCACAGCGAAACUUCAAACGUCUCUGGAGUCUGUAACAAUCAAUGCUCCAAGCUGGCAUACCCUUGAACUAGCUUCUAAAGCACGAUCUAUUGUGUUAGGAAGGGAAGCGGCGACACGAGAUGUGAAGGUCAUAAAUAGCAUCUUAAAGUUGUUGGAUGGCAGCGAUCCGAUUGCGACGACCGCUCACGCAAAGUUGAAAUCGUAUUCUGAACACCUCAAGAUGCUACAGGUAACGGAUGAGGAUGUUGAAACAAUGGCAACUCCGCACGUUCCCUCGCUAGUGUGCGAAUGCUUGUAUCAUUUAUUCGUGUCUGCGCUUGCCAUGGUUGCAAUCUUCCCAUCUUUUAUGGUACACCUUCCUUCUUUGCUUGUAGUUGGCCUUCUGUCUAGUCGAGAAACCUUUGAAGAGUCGAAAGCACAAGUACAAAUUUUUGCCGCUCAUGCUGUGGUACCUUCGACCUAUGCGGCCUGGUAUUAUUUUUGUCGGAAGCGCUUCGGUGUGAAUGGAUGGGCAUCUGCGAUUUGGGUCUACCUGACUUUGGUGGGCCUUGGCGUGCUGUAUCUGCGGCUAGAGGAUAUCAGGAGGGAAGCCUUCACGCGUUUGGCCCGCAGUUGGAGACUGCUCCGCGUCUGUGCGAAAGGAAAGGGUACUCGACAACUUCGAAUCCUUACGGAAAGGCGGGUCGAAGUCCGAGAAUCAUUUUUAAGGUUAUUGAAGGAUGGACUGUAGCAGCAGAAGCUGCCGUUGGAAGGUAACCCUCCCAUCUACGAGACGACUGUCUGAGGCAAGCUACCACAACAUGCAGAUCCUCUACCAUAGAUAGGGUCAUAACGUGACAAACACUACAAAUAACACCCUCUAAAGUACAUUAUUCUAUCCUUGUUGUUUAUAACAUGUUGGGAGCAACAGUUGCCCAAUUUACA